UGCGAGGCGCAACGUCAGCAGUUGUCCUGAAUAUUCAUUACUUUUCGCGGGCUUUGGUUGUCACGUGGUUGCUUCGCGCGAAAAGCGACUCCCGAACGGAAGAAGAAGAAGUUUCUCUGCGAGAGGCAAAGAAAGACGUGCAGCAAUGGCGGAUUCCUCUGAGUCAAACCACAUGGCCACCAGCCCCAACCGAACCUCCAGGAGAGGAGACCUGACUUCCAGCCCGGGCCGAGACCUGCCACCCUUUGAGGAUGAGUCAGAGGGGCUGCUAGGCGAGGGCCCCCUGCCAGGAGAGGAGGAGGAGGAUGCUGAUGGGGAAGAGCUGAUUGGGGACGGAAUGGAGAGGGAUUACCGUGCCAUCCCAGCCCUGGAUCAGUACGAGGCAGAGGGGCUGGACCUGGAUGACGAGGAUCUGUCAGAGCUGUCGCCUGGAGCUCGUGCUGCCGCUGAGGAGGCAAUGAGGAGGAGGGACAGGGAGCAGGGCAUCAGUGGGCGGCUGAGGAGGGGGCUGCUCUACGACAGUGAGGAUGAGGAUGACGAGCGCCCGGCAGCUCGGCGCCGGCGUCUGGCUGAGCGAGCAGCAGAGGGCAUAGCAGAUGGAGAGGAGGACGAAAUGAUUGAGAGCAUUGAAAAUCUGGAGGACAUGAAGGGUCACACUGUGAGGGAGUGGGUUUCCAUGGUGGCUCCCAGGCUGGAAAUCUACAACCGCUUCAAGAACUUCCUGAGAACCCACGUGGAUGAAAACGGCCACAACGUCUUCAAGGAGAAGAUCAGCGACAUGUGCAAAGAGAAUAAGGAGAGUCUGGUCGUGAACUACGAAGACCUUGCAGCCAGGGAGCACGUCUUGGCCUACUUCCUGCCAGAGGCUCCAACUGAGAUGUUAAAGAUUUUUGAUGAAGCGGCUAAAGAAGUGGUUCUGGUCAUGUACCCUAAAUACGAACGCAUCGCCCACGAGAUCCAUGUUCGCAUCUGCAACCUGCCUCUGGUCGAGGAGAUCCGCUCGCUCCGUCAGCUCCACCUGAACCAGCUGAUCCGCACCAGCGGUGUGGUGAGCUGCUGCACCGGCGUCCUCCCGCAGCUCAGCAUGGUCAAGUACAACUGUAACAAGUGUAACUUUGUGCUGGGCCCCUACUUCCAGUCUCAGAACCAGGAGGUGAAGCCUGGCUCGUGUCCCGAGUGUCAGUCAAUGGGACCCUUUGAGAUCAACAUGGAGGAGACAGUUUACCAGAACUACCAGAGAAUCACCAUCCAGGAAAGCCCAGGUAAGGUGGCUGCCGGCCGCCUCCCUCGCUCUAAAGAUGCCAUCCUGCUCGCUGACCUCGUGGACAGCUGCAAGCCUGGAGACGAGAUUGAGCUUACGGGCAUCUACCACAACAACUACGAUGGGUCUCUGAACAUGGCCAACGGCUUCCCGGUGUUCGCCACAGUCAUCCUGGCCAACCACAUCACCCGCAGGGACGAGGGCGUGGCGGUGACGGAGCUGACCGACGAGGACGUCAAGGCCAUCGUCGCUCUGUCAAAGGACGAGCGCAUUGGAGAGAGGAUCUUUGCCAGCAUGGCUCCGUCUAUUUACGGACAUGAGGACAUUAAGAGAGCUCUGGCCCUGUCUCUGUUUGGUGGAGAGCCCAAGAACCCAGGUGGAAAACACAAAGUACGUGGAGACAUCAACGUGCUGCUGUGUGGAGACCCAGGAACAGCAAAGUCCCAGUUCCUCAAGUACGUGGAGAAGGUGGCGAGUCGUGCCGUGUUCACCACAGGCCAGGGAGCCUCUGCCGUGGGUUUGACCGCCUACGUACAGAGACACCCGGUCAGCCGCGAGUGGACGCUGGAGGCCGGAGCGCUGGUGCUGGCCGACCGCGGCGUCUGUCUGAUCGAUGAGUUCGAUAAGAUGAACGAUGCAGACAGGACCAGUAUCCACGAGGCCAUGGAGCAGCAGAGCAUCUCCAUCUCCAAAGCCGGCAUCGUGACCUCGCUGCAGGCCAGAUGCACCGUCAUCGCUGCCUCCAACCCCAUCGGCGGCAGGUACGACCCCUCCCUGACGUUUGCAGAGAACGUGGACCUGACUGAGCCCAUUGUGUCUCGUUUUGAUGUUCUGUGUGUCGUACGUGACACGGUCGACCCCGUGCAGGACGAGAUGUUGGCUUGUUUUGUGGUCGGCUCUCACAUCAAGCAUCACCCCAGCGCCAAAGAGAGCGGCGCAGCCUUGGAGGAGGUGGUUCUGCCCAACUCCACCGACGUCCCGCUCAUCCCUCAGGAGCUGCUGAGGAAAUACAUCAUCUACGCCAAGGAGCGGGUUCAUCCCAAACUGAACCAAAUGGACCAGGACAAAGUGGCGCGUAUCUACAGUGACCUCCGCAAAGAGUCGAUGGCAACGGGCAGCAUCCCCAUCACCGUCCGUCACAUCGAGUCCAUGAUCCGCAUGGCUGAGGCCCACGCCAAGAUGCACCUGAGGGACUACGUGCUGGAGGACGACGUCAACAUGGCCAUCAGGGUCAUGCUGGAGAGCUUCAUCGACACGCAGAAGUUCAGCGUCAUGAGGAGCAUGAGGAAGACGUUCGCUCGCUACCUGGCGUUCCGCAGAGACAACAACGAGCUGCUGCUCUUCAUCCUCAAGCAGCUGGUGGCAGAGCAGGUCUCCUACCAGAGGAACCGAUACGGCGUCCAGAACGACACCAUCGAGAUCCCAGAGAAGGACCUGCAGGACAAGGCGAGACAGAUCAACAUCCACAGCCUGUCGGCCUUCUACGACAGCGACCUCUUCAGCUCCAACAAGUUCAGCCACGACGCCAAGAAGAAACUGAUCCUUCAGCUCUUCUGAAGUCCUCCAUCUCCUCCUUACUUAUAGGACACUACUUGGCAUUUCAUCACGUUGGAGUGAGACUUUGGAUUUGGGUCUAAACUAAUUAGAAGCCUGGCAGGUGAUGGUGAGAUGGGGCUUUUUCUGCCGCGUUCACCAAAAUCACCAGACUCUAAUGUUGGCGUGGCAGCAGAGGAGGAACUCCACACAAACGGUGCCGUGAUCCGAGUGUUUGUGGUGACUGGAAGUACAGCCCAGUGCUGUUCAACUGCUGCACUGCUCAUGAAGUUAAGGCACAAACAGCCAGGACCCGUCUGCUUCCUGUUGUAUAGUUUGGCCUCAGUGUAAAUGAAUGUACAUGUUCAUGUCUGGAGACGCAGGAUUUAUUGCUUUUGUCUGUGGUUUCUCCAUCAGUCGUAAAGGUUUGUUUUCCCCAAAAAACUUCAAACGUACUUAAACAUGUUAAAAUAAUAUUCUGAUGUUUCUAAUGUUGAAAUUCAUUGUGAAAUUGUUGCUGUUUUGCUAUUAAAUUUCUGUGAAUCCCG